AAAGCAAUGAGACAAGCAAUAAUUCUGAUAAACAAGAAUUAGAAGUGAAUAAAAUGAGUAUAGAAACAACAAAUAUAGAUAAAUUACUUAGUUUAAAGCUUAUAGAAGUAGAGAUGACCUUAGAUGAAAUUCAACCUAAAGCAAAAGCAAAAGCAACAACUAAAAAUGUAACAAAAAGUAUAGAAGGAAUUAAAGCAAUUCAAGAAGAUAAUGAUCAAGAAUCUUCUUUAAAAAAUAUAUCACAAUAG